AUGUCCGAAGAAUCAUCUAAAGGCUGUAUCGCAUGUGGUUGGACACUCGAACAGCAGGAGCAAUGCUUUUACUCGAGCCAUGUCAAACUCUUCUACGGUGCAAGCAGACGGGGAGCGUGGUCAAUCGGGACUGAUGUUAUUCUGAAAGAACGCCCUGACGAAGGCCCGAAAACCGAAGUGACCACCCUGAAUUACCUUACAACCCACUCUGAUAUCCCCGUUCCAAAGGUCCUACGUGACUGGGUUGACGGUGACAGGCGAUACUUUGUACUUUCAGAGCGGAUAAAAGGCCAAACUCUCGAGCAGGCCUGGUCUUCGUUAUCAGAGUCCCAGAAAGUGGAUAUCGCAGAUGAGGUCGUUGGGAUUAGAAAGAAGCUUCGAUCUUUGCAGUCGACAUCUAUACAAAGCGUUGAUCAAAGUCCUUGUUUUCCCGGUCUACUCUUUCUCGACCGCGAGCCACACGGACCUUUCCAUUCCGAUCGCGAACUCUGGGAUGCUUUGAGUCUUACUCUACAUGAUCCACCUACGAGAUCAUUCCCUCAACAAGCUUUGGAUAAUCUAAAGAGGCGACUGCCUAAAUGUGAACCCUAUGUUCUCACUCAUUGUGAUCUUAAUUUAGGCAAUAUCAUGGUGAAAGACGGAAGGUUAGCUGGGGUCCUUGAUUGGGAAUUUGCUGCAUAUUAUCCUAUCUGGUAUGAAUAUGUCUCGGCCUCUUGGGGGUGGACAGAGGAGGACGCCGAGUGGAAGAAGCUUCUACGAGAGCGUAUGGGUGUACAUGGCGAAGGAUAUGAGGAUGCGAAGGAAUUUUGGACUGAUCUGCGUCAUCUGAGAAAAUAUCCGAAUCUGGAUGGAAAGGGUCGAGAAGUCUUAGACGGGUUAUUAGAACGUGGAAAGUAG